GGCUUGACACUCUCCUCCUCUGGUCUCGGGAUUUCCAGAGUUCCUCCAGUGGCGGAAGACAGCUGUUAUUUUUCUCCUGAAAGCUCUUGGCACAGCCAGCAGGUUGAAACUUUCAGGCACCUUUUGGAGAAGUUGUUAGGGUUUGUUUGAGGCUUUCUUUACAUUUUCCUUUGGGUUUUCAAGCCCUGACUUUACGGAGGAGAGUGAGCUCUUCGUUUGCUGUGAAGGGCUCUUAAAGAUUAUUUUCCUCUCCGGCUUCCGUUUUUCUUGAACCCGCUCGGCUCAAUCAUGGUGAUGUUCAAGAAGAUCAAGUCUUUUGAGGUGGUCUUCAACGACCCCGAGAAGGUGUACGGCAGCGGGGAGAAGGUGGCCGGCCGGGUGAUAGUGGAAGUGUGUGAAGUUACCCGAGUCAAAGCCGUCAGGAUCCUGGCUUGCGGCGUGGCCAAGGUCCUGUGGAUGCAAGGGUCUCAGCAGUGCAAACAGACUUUGGACUACCUGCGCUAUGAAGACACACUUCUCCUAGAAGAGCAGCCUACAGCAGGUGAGAAUGAGAUGGUGAUCAUGAGGCCUGGAAACAAAUACGAGUACAAGUUCGGCUUCGAGCUUCCUCACGGGCCCCUGGGAACAUCUUUUAAAGGAAAAUAUGGCUGCGUAGACUACUGGGUGAAGGCUUUUCUCGAUCGCCCCAGCCAGCCAACUCAAGAGGCAAAGAAAAACUUCGAAGUGAUGGAUCUAGUGGAUGUCAAUACCCCUGACUUAAUGGCACCAGUGUCUGCCAAAAAGGAGAAGAAAGUUUCCUGCAUGUUCAUCCCUGAUGGGCGUGUGUCAGUCUCUGCUCGAAUUGACAGAAAGGGAUUCUGUGAAGGUGAUGACAUCUCCAUCCAUGCUGACUUUGAGAACACUUGCUCCCGAAUCGUGGUCCCCAAAGCCGCUAUUGUGGCCCGACACACUUACCUUGCCAAUGGCCAGACCAAAGUGUUCACUCAGAAGCUGUCCUCGGUCAGAGGCAAUCACAUUAUCUCAGGGACGUGCGCAUCGUGGCGUGGCAAGAGCCUCAGAGUGCAGAAGAUCAGACCAUCCAUCCUGGGCUGCAACAUCCUCAAAGUCGAAUACUCCUUGCUGAUCUACGUCAGUGUCCCUGGCUCCAAGAAAGUCAUCCUGGAUCUACCCCUAGUGAUUGGCAGCAGGUCGGGUCUGAGCAGCCGGACAUCCAGCAUGGCCAGCCGGACGAGCUCUGAGAUGAGCUGGAUAGACCUAAACAUCCCAGAUACCCCAGAAGCUCCUCCUUGCUAUAUGGACAUCAUUCCUGAAGAUCACAGACUAGAGAGCCCCACCACCCCUCUGCUGGACGAUGUGGACGACUCUCAAGACAGCCCUAUCUUUAUGUACGCCCCUGAGUUCCAGUUCAUGCCCCCACCCACUUACACUGAGGUGGAUCCGUGCGUCCUUAACAACAACAACGUGCAGUGAGCCUGCAGGAAAUGAAGCGUCUGUAUUAGCGCAUUUCUUUCUGCCUCUCUGCUUGAACUCUCCAGUGUUUCAGAGACUCAGUCUCUACAGUGGGGAACGGGUACACCCCAGCCGCUGACUCCUCAAGAUGGGUGGCAAUCAGUAGGCGGGUCUCCGGCUUCAAGUGGUGCAGACCAGUGCCCGCACUGUGGUAUUAGGAGUGUUUGCUGGGUGGACGUCAGAACACUCAGGAAAAUUGAGACCUGACCACUUUCUCGGAUGUUGGAAAUGAAGAACUUGUUUGUGUUGACUGAGUCAGGGUACUGCUGACCUUCUGGCGUGGUCUUUCCAAGGUUUUUGUUUGAAAGGGAAUUUUAAAUUGUUUAAAAUAUCAGUAGACCAUCAUCUGUGCCAUGGGGGACAGAGCCAAUUUCAAGUCAUGGCCAAAAUUUUGUAAGAGGAGUGUUUUUGUUUUUUAAAGUCAGUGUUCCUUUUUUAUAUCUUUACAAAGAAAAAAGACCUUCCACGGCUGGUGAGCACGCAGCCUGUGAAAUUUGGGGCAGCUGCUCCAAGUUGACUUCACCCUGGGAGCAGUAGUAGCUGUGCCCAUUGACGGCCAUAAAAGCCACUUUACAGCCAGUUGCACUGUGUUCUCUUGUAAGCAUAA